AUGCUACUCGACGCUGAAACUCGCUACAACAUGAUGGAAAAAUUGGCGCUUGCACUCGUCACAGCGAAGAAGAAGCUACGACAAUAUUUUGAAAGCCACACCAUCAUUGUAUAUACGGACUAUCCACUGAGGCAAGUGUUGAGUAAACCCGAUCUCUCUGGAAGGUUAUCUAAAUGGGAAAUUGAGCUUGGGACGUAUGAUAUACGGUUCUUGCCACGAAAAGCAAAAAAUAGGACAAAUACCUUGCCUGAAUUGCUGGAAACAGAAGAUGAAUGGGUGUGGACAAUGCAUACGGACGAGGCGUCCAAUCCUCAAGGAGCCGAGUAUGAGGCUCUGAUCUAUGGCUUAGAACUAGCACGAGACAUAGGCAUUACACGUCUAAGCGUCAGAGGAGAUUCACAACUCAUGAUAGAACAAGUGGCCGGGAAUUUCGAUACCAAGGCACCACAUCUGGCCAGUCUACUACAAAAAGUAACUGACUUACGGUCACAUUUCCACCAGUUUGAACUCGUACAAGUACCGAGGGAGCAAAAUCAGAAGGCUGAUGCCCUCGCCAAACUAGCCUCUGUAGGGGAAUGUACGCGACAAUCCUCUAUAUCCAUGAGCCGAUCACCCAAAGCCUUGGAAGUUUUCUCAACCUCCUCAGAACCCGAGUGCUGGAUAGACCCAAUCUUUCGAUACUUGUCCACAUCUGAACUGCCCCCUCAUCCGAAAGAAGCAAAGCUUCUGCGCCUUCGAGCACAACGCUAUUCAAUAAUCCAUGGAACGUUAAACCGUAAAUCCUUUGAUGGCCCCUAUCUUCGGUGUUUGCGUCCAUCAGAAGCUAAAAAACUGUUAGAAGAGAUACAUGAGGGAGCAUGUGGAAAUCACACUGGGGGCCAAAGUCUGGCACACAAAGCAAUUACAGUAGGGUACUACUGGCCGUACAUGAUGACAAAAGCACGUGACUAUGCCAAAAAAUGUGAACUGCCUAAAGCUAUUAGAGGAAAACGGUAUGCUCUGGUAAACAGCGAUUACUUUACUAAGUGGGUUGUAGCAGAAGCGUAUGUCACAGUCAGCAAAACAGACACCACGACCUUCAUAUGGAAGCACAUCAUCUGUCAAUUUGGGAUACCAUGGGAGAAAUUCGUUGACAACGGAACCCCGUUCCAAAAUGCCAAAGUACAGGAGUUAUGUGACACAUACAAGAUCAAAUUGAGUUUUGCCUCUGUCACUUACCCGCAAGGCAAUGGCCAAGCAGAAGCUUCCAACAAAGUCAUUUUUGCCAACAUUAAGAAAAACUUAGAAGAUAAAAAAGGAGCAUGGGCAGAAGAACUACCAAAGGUGUUAUGGGCCUAUAGGUCCUCUACAGGUGAAUCUCCCUACGCCAUGGUAUAUGGAACUGAAGCUAUCAUCCUGAUAGAGGUGGGCCUACCUACACUUUGA